UCCCACAUCACCUUGUUUUCAACAUGGAGGCCGAAAAAACUCCCAACACAUCGCUGUUUACGUCGCAGAAAAUCAAAUCUAACAACAUCUUGCUGCAGACAUCGGCUCGGAAUACACAAUUUUGAAAAGCUGUCGCCUUGUGUUGAAGUUUAAAUGUUUAUUUUCAACGAGGACGCUUCUCUUUUUCAGUCCAAAGCCUGAAACAAUACGAAAACCGACGCGGAAUGGCGUCUGGCAGGGGCCCGGGGACAUGAAUAACAGCAACACAAGCGCCGGAUCUUGAACGACGGACAUUGUAUUUGACCAAUAGAAAUGGGAUUAGCGAGUCUGUAGCCAAUCAGAGCGUCUAAUGCGUGAGUAGGUUGGUCCACGGAUCAGAGGAUUGUACUGGUGUACAUGUUCCCGGUGUGCGGGCAUCGCGGAGCGUUUCCUGCACUGGUGCAUGGUGGUCGAACAGGAGGAAUUGUUGGAAAUUUUUCGGAGCAGCUAAAGCAUGCUCUUGGCCCAGAUAAACCGGGACUCGCAGGGAAUGGCAGAGUUUCAUGAUGCAGACGGGCAGCCGGUCACUCUCUGUCUGACAGAGGCUGUGACCGUGGCAGAUGGUGAUCAGAUGGAAAGCAUGGACACAGUGAGUCUGCAGGCUGUUACUCUUGCGGAUGGAUCCACUGCGUACAUCCAGCACGACUCCAAAGCUUCCUUUUCAGACGGACAGAUCAUGGACGGGCAGGUGAUCCAGCUGGAGGAUGGCUCUGCUGCCUACGUUCAGCAUGUGUCGAUGCCUAAAGCAGGAGGGGACAGUUUACAGCUUGAAGAUGGACAGGCAGUUCAGCUAGAAGAUGGAACAACAGCCUACAUUCACACACCCAAAGAUGCAUAUGACCAGAGCGGCCUGCAGGAGGUGCAGCUGGAGGACGGCAGCACAGCUUACAUCCAGCACACAGUGCACAUGCCUCAGUCCAACACCAUCCUGGCCAUCCAGGCUGACGGCACCAUCGCAGACCUGCAGGCCGAGGCCACAGCCAUUGACCCGGAGACCAUCAGUGUGUUGGAACAGUACACCAAGGUGGAGAACAUAGAAAACCCCUUAGGGUCGUUCAGCAGAGUGGAAGCGGACAAUGGCGUUCACAUGAGGAUUGUGUUACAGGAUCAAGACAAUAGGCCAGGCAGGGUCUCAAAUGUAGGAGAAAAGUCUUUCCGCUGUGAAUAUGAGGGCUGUGGAAAGCUCUACACCACUGCCCACCAUCUCAAGGUACAUGAGCGCUCCCACACUGGAGACAAACCAUACGUCUGCGACUAUCCUGGCUGUGGCAAGAAGUUUGCAACAGGGUACGGCCUGAAGAGUCACUCACGGACACACACGGGGGAGAAGCCAUAUAGAUGUCAGGAGCUAAACUGCUGCAAGUCCUUUAAAACCUCUGGAGACCUUCAGAAGCACACAAGGACUCAUACAGGAGAGAAGCCUUUUAAAUGCCCAGUCGAAGGCUGCGGCAGGUCGUUCACCACCUCCAAUAUCCGUAAAGUUCACAUCCGAACACACACUGGUGAGCGGCCAUACUACUGCUCUGAGCCCACCUGUGGACGGUCCUUUGCUAGUGCCACCAACUACAAGAACCAUAUGAGGAUUCACACCGGAGAGAAACCUUAUGUGUGCACAGUGCCUGGGUGUGAAAAGCGCUUCACAGAAUACUCCAGCCUUUACAAACACCACGUUGUUCAUACACCCUGCAAACCUUACAACUGCAACCAUUGUGGGAAAACCUACAAACAGAUCUCCACGCUCGCCAUGCACAAACGCACAGCCCACAACGACACAGAGCCCAUCGAGGAGGAGCAGGAGGCGUACUUUGAACCACCAACAGAUGCCAUUGACGACCCGAACGUGAACUACACAACGGCGGUGGUUGAGGCAGAUGACUCCGGCUCAGAGCAGGUUCCAGUGGAGAGCUCAGACAUGGUUGGUCAGCAGCAUGUUGCCUUGGUAACGCAGGAGGAUGGAACACAACAGCAGGUCAGUAUCUCUGAAGCAGACUUACAAGCCAUGGGUGGCACAAUCACCAUGGUAACCCAAGAAGGCACAACCAUAACCAUCCCAGCCCACGAACUGACAACGCAAGGUGCUCACUCGGUUACCAUGGUAACAACAGACGGCUCAGAUGAACAGGUGGCCAUCAUGACACCUGACAUGACCUCGUUCCAAACUGUGGAGGAGGCAGGCUACAGCCAAGGACAGGAUGACAUUCAUCCUGUCACGUUACUGGCCACCUCCAACGGCACUCACAUUGCUGUGCAGGUUGGUAGAACGACACCAUAGGAGUGAAUAGACUGGUGGGCUCAGUGAUCAGCCUUCGCUGGAGGAAGCCAUAAGAAUAGCAUCAAGAAUACAACAAGGAGAGUCGCCGGGCCUGGAUGAUUGAUGGAUUCAUUAUGGACUAUGAUUUAGGAUCAAAACCAUCUCAAUUGGACUACAUCAACGAGAGAAAUCGAGUCUUCCUCCAUGGUUUUUUUCCACAAAAGAACUUAGAACUUUUAUGUGUACAUAGGAUUUUGAUAACUGGAGUUACGCUAUGCUAUUUUGUCCCUCAGCCAAAAAGAUGGGAGAAGGGAAAAAUGCUUUCUAAUGUUUAUGGUGCACAGUGCACAGUGCAGUGUACAGCUAAUGCUAUUUCUAAUAAAAAAGAUUGUGUGAUUAA